AACUACAAUAGUAAAGUUCAACACUAUUUUUUUUCAAUUUACUAACCUAAAAUCAAAAUACAAUUCAAGUCGGUCAUUGUGAUUGUAUACGGAUUGCUCUCAUACUUGAUAUAUUAUUUAAUUUGUUUUGUUUGUGAUAAUAAUCUGCAAGUAAAUCAGUAAAAUGUCUGAUAGUAAAAGUGAUAAAACUAAAGUCGAUUUAGGAUUACUAGAAGAAGAUGAUGAAUUCGAAGAAUUCCCAACUGAAGAUUGGACUGCAAAAGAUGAAGACAAUGAAGAUAUAAGCGUUUGGGAAGAUAACUGGGAUGAUGACGAUGUUGAAGACGAUUUCAACCAACAAUUAAGAGCUCAACUUGAAAAACAAAAAAAUCAAUCUGAAAGUGCAUCUAAAGAAUAAGAAUGUAUACAAACCACUACUCAACGUUAGACAGUUACUUUACAAAUUAAUAUCAACAGUUUAUAUUAUUCUGUAUUUAUUAAGAUAAUCAUUUCGUCAAUAUAAUUAAUUUUUUUUCAUAAAUAAUCUACUUUUAUGGAUUU